AUGACUACCGCAGACACCGACACCCUGCCAAAAGCUAUCUUGUACUCCUGGCCCACUUCGGUAUGGUCCACCGUCCCUCAACUGUGCUUGCACGAGAAAGGCUAUUCCAGCGAUGAAUACAUUGUCAAAUACGUGGAUAUCACCAAAGGAGAAAACUUCGCCCCAUCUUACUUGAAAAUCAACUUCAAUGGAACCAUUCCUACUCUUGUCGUACCUACACUCGAAACUACCGGUAAUGAUGUGGACACUAGAUAUCGCUCUUUGAAAGACACCAUCUCAAUCUGUGACUUCCUCGACCACGCUCGAAGCGCCAGCUCGGGCCAUAUCCAACAUGCUGAAAAGCCUGCUCCCACUCUGGCCCCGCCACUAUCGAAGGUAUGUUCGCCACUCGACCAGUAUUUCACCAUAUGCUAUGUGCCGACAGGUAUCUUAGGCAAAGGUCUUUCCGACGAAAUCAUCAACCUUAUCCAUGUCUAUACGGUAGAUCCCAACUUUGUCGCUGUGGCUGCCAGGGAUGAAGCAGAACUACGAGACAAGGCAAAACGUCCUCCCGGAAAAUCAUUAGCUAUCAGGAGAGAAGCUCUCCAACGUUAUUUGGAAGAAGCUAGGCAAGCGGUUGCAGAGUCUGCCGUCGCGCCAAAGGAGGGAAGCUUGACAUGGGAACAGAAAUCGGUGAAGUUCUUGGAGGAGAAGGUACAAUCCAAUGAGCAAAUAUGGGAGUUGUACAAUGGUAAAGCUGGAAAGGAGAAGGAAGCUCAAUUCUUCGAGGUUUGUAAGAGAACAUGGACGGAAUCUCUGCCAGAUGCUUUCCAAAAGCUCGAGAGUUUAUUCAAGGGACCCUUUGCUCUCGGAGACCAAAUCUCACUCGCCGACCUUCACACCGUCUCAUGGAUAACACGCCUCAUCUCCAUCGCCGGUGGAGAGCCCGAUGCGACCGGUAUCGACUCUUUGAUCCCUCAUCUCGGUGGUUACAGAUUUGGUCCUAAAGUCAGGAAGUUCUGGGAAGAAUGGGUGGAGAGGGAGAGUUUCAAAGAUGUGCUUGUCCCUGCUUGCGGAGCGUUCAAGAAUCAAGGCAUUGAAGAUGCGAAGUAA